UUAUUUAUCUGCGCCUUGGACAGGCUCCUCCGUGGCUUUUUCUAUUUAGGUUUCCGUACACGCCAUUCGAAAAUCGCCACUGCAGCAUACCCAGGAAGGAAAUACUCACAACGCACCGCAAUUUCUUCCCCUCCUACUCACAAGUUAUCGAACAAGUUAUCAACUCUGAAGCCAUGGCAACCAUGCAGGAAAGCAACCAGAACCUCCCUGCGGGGGUCGAUAAGGGUUUCGGGAAGAUGGUCUCAGAUUUGGGAAAGAAAUUGUCACGGCGCCAGGGAGUAGACGAGCUCGUGCAACGCAACAUCAUGCGCGAAGACGAAGCGCAGCCAGGCGUGUCGAACUACAUCAUACAGCAGAAAGCAUCGUUGGAGGCCGAAAAGACGAAGGAUACCCUCAACCGCAAAAUCGGCAACCGGCCCGCAUCGGUCGACCUGAAACUCCGCAACAUCCUGCGCGUCGAAAGCAGCGAUAACAUCCAGCAGCUAGUCGAUGAUGCGGAGGGAGGGUCGACACCGGUGCAACCGCUCGAUUUGCAGCGGCCCAUCAAUUUCGAGGAACGAAAAGAGGCGAUGAAGUCGAUUCUGAAGAAACGUCCUGAGAAAGAAGCGUUGGAGGAGCUGAACAUUCUCAAGAACACUUCGGUCGACCCAUCAUUAGCCGCGGCGCAAGAGAGGCUGCGCAAAUCGCAGUUGGCGGACACGUUGGAUUCGCGUUUGCGUGAUCGGCCGGAUGUCGAUCAGCUUCGAGAGCGACGAAUCUUGAACUUCGCAGAGACGGUUGAGGUCCUGCCGACGUUCAGGAAGUCGGAGUAUAAUCGCAAACCGGACGGGAACGCUACGUUCAGGAAACUUACGCCGCAGAUGAAGGUUCAGAUUCGUGAGGAGCUGAACACCUUCAAGAAACACGAAAUGCCGGUGCACGAACAAAGUCUACGCAAUACGUGCUUCCAUUGAGCGAAUCAACAUUCAUGGCCAUUGCAGGUUAGAUUUGUAAUUUGUAGCCCGUAGCGAUUUUGCCGAGUAGUAUAGAGUCUGCGGACACAGACAUGCGACGCUUUUUUUGGGAUCCCUUUGGGCUGUGCUCAAAAUAUAUCAGACUUUCUAGACUUUACCAUCAGUGUAUCGUACGGAUGCAUCGUAGUAGAAUCUGUUUCGGGAAGAACCCUAGGCCUCGAAUUUUUGAAAGUACGGAAUCC